AUGCGUUGCUAUCUACUUGCUGCUUUUCUCCUGGUAUUUAUUGCCAAUUUUGCUCAAUCUUUCGUAAUUAAACCAAAACCGCUUAUAAAUUUACCAUUUAUACCCUACCCAAUGGACACUUUACCAAAUCCACCCGGACCCAUUACAGGUUUACCAAUUGUAGGCGAACCAAUUCUUCCUGACUUAAUUGAAGAAGCUUCAGCGUGUCUCUCGUGUUGUGGGCCACCACCAUGUUGCCAUUUCUGUGGAUGA